GCGGCCUGUUCUGCUGGGGCUGCUAGUCAUAGUGUCCUGCUUUCUCCUACGAGCAUGGAGGGGUCUCUUGUGAGGCGAGAGGGGCUAAGCUUGCAUCUUCUAUUGUUCAUGAGGCUACUAAUCCGUCUAGCAGAGGAGCUAUCCAAGACAGGGGUUCUAAGAGGAUGUCCACUAGGAGUGGGGGGUGACAACAAGGGGUGGCGAUAG